AAUAAUGAAAGCUCCCUCCCAAUCCACAAUCCAUAAAAAAAUCACCCUCUACUCUUCUAUACGCUCCACCUUUAUUUUUUACUCACUCGCAACUCCUCGCAUACACACAAAAAUUGAUCUCCAAACACAAAAAUUACAAAUAAAAUAACCAUGACAACCUAACGAUCUCUCAUAAAAAAAUGUCCGUAGGAACGCUGUUGGACCAGUCGUCGCGCGUGGUCGCGGCGCUGUAUCCUUUUCAAUUGAUUGAAGAACGUUACAAAAUAAUUCCCGAACCCGUGCAGCGGAAAAUCAUUUAUUACGCGUUUCCACGGCAACUCAAGGAAAUUUUAAUCUAUAGCAACUAUUUUAAUGAUGAGGAAAAAGAGUGGAGGGGGGAGUUGUGGGAGGUGAGUAAGGUGUUGCAGGUGGGGUUUUUGCUGAGUGGGAGGGUCACGAGUGGGGGGAGUGGGUCAGGGGAGGAUGUGAGGAUCCAUUUUGACAGAUGCAAGAUAACCUCCAUAUCCUGUACGUGCACCUCCUCCCCGUCGCACCCCCCGCCGACGACGCCCUCUAAGAAAACCACACCCACUCUGGACAAAUUAAUAUUUUGGUGUGAUCACGUCGUCGCCUUGGCAAUUUUCAGAAUUCAACACCCUCAAAAAAUCGAAUUGAGGGUUCCUAUCAGCGAAACGCUCCAAACCCUGACGCGCCCCCAGCUCCAAAAACUCGUUCAAUAUUUGCUCCAUUCGCAUCCUUCCGUGUUGCCAUCGACGCAGAAUUUGGCGGAUAAGCUCUUAUCGAAUAAAAAUGAGAUAAAUUCCAUACACGGAGCGCCGGAUAUCACGGCGGGGGCUUCCACGGGGGAUGAAAAUUCGUGGGCGUUCAAUGAGCAGAACAUGGCGGAAUUGAUUAAGGAUAAUGUUUAUGAUGAGGGGAGGUUAGAGGGGGUCGUGGGGGGGUUGUUCAAGAAGAUCCACACGAUGACCUACAACUCGGACACCAACGCCCCCCGGAUCCUCACCCUCCUCACCCAAACGAUCCUCGAGAACAAACCCCCCCACCGGACCUCCCUCUGGGACCAGAUCCACACCCUCUGGCAAAUCACCGUCAUGUCCCCCACGAAAACCAUCCCCCAACGCGACGCCCUCUACACCAAACUCCUGACCCAAUUCACCUCCUCCCCCAACAUCCCCCUGGACGAGAACCACACCCCCCUCUUGAAAAAAUGCCUCACCCUCCUAAAAACAGACUACUCCAAAAAAACCUCCGACCUCAAGCUAAACACCCUCCGACUGCAAUCCCUAAAUUGUUACCAUGGUUACCAAAAACAGACCUCUCAACUCGCGCUGAAAAUCUAUAAAAUCACGAAAAAAUUAGAGAAUUACGAAUUGGAUUACGAUUUAGCGAAAAUAGUUUACAACGUUUUGCAGCGGGAAAAUUUGGAUUUAGCGGGGGAAUUUGGCUUACUAACUCUCGCGCAGAACCGCCAAAUUCCAAAUUCCCUUUACUUACAAGAGAAAUGGCUGAAAAACGAAGAAUUAUUCAUUCAAAAUUUGAAAACCCCUCCAUCCGUUACCAUAGAAAAAUACAUUUCUCUAUUUCUCUCAAAAACCUACACUCCCAACAUCCUCCCCCUUUACAAUUUCGCUAAAUUUCUCUACAAAAAUAAUCCUACUUCCCAGUGUUUCAAAUUGGCUGUUAAGUAUCUAAAACUCAUCCCACCCACGAGUUUCAUCACGACUCAGUUAGAAAACCAGCAAGUUAACCUCACUUUAUUGCUAAUAAACACCUCUAAAUUAUCAAAAAAAGACCUGGACACGAUCCUCGCCACGCUAUCAACUAAUAUAAAAUCCAUCUCGUGUCUCUUCCGGAUCGCCCAGGAAUCCUCUCGUUUGGAGGAAACUAAUGCUAAUUUACUCAAUUUUAGCUUUAAUCUUGGAUUGCACGUGCUGAAAUCGACGUUAAAAUUCAAUCACCGGAAGCGAUGGGACAUUGUACGAUGGGUCAUGAAUUCGAGCCUCAUCUGCGGGUGGAUCCAGGUUUUGUAUUUAUUGACCAAUUGGGGGGAUUACUUUACACCGAAUGAGGCAGUGGGGACCUUGGCGAGGGAAUUUCUCACGAGGGGGACCAGUUUGAGGUUAAAUUUGAACUUCGCGCAGCAACAGAGUUUAGGGGAGGCGGCGAGGCAGGUGGGAUUGGGGGGGAUGCGGGUGGACCCUGGUAACUGCUCCCUGAACGCCCUGACAAUCUGUGAAUCCGACCCGGUCUCCUUUGAAACGGCGUAUCAGAUCAUUUUAGAAGCUGCAAAACAGCAGAAUUUACUCAACUGCCAGCAGAUUUUCACUAUUGCGAGGUACAUGGAGCAUCGGGGGUAUCCCCUGAGGGCUUAUAAACUGGCGGCGAUCGCCAUUGGGCAUCUCCACAUCCCUUUCAAUCAGGAAACCCACUCCUCGAUCUCGGACAUCCACUGGACCUGCACCCUGGCCCAAAGCCUCGGCGACACCGAGCUCUCGAACCUGCUCCCGGUGAUAAUCUCCAAUAUAAAAUGCGCUUCGGUAUUAUCCGAAAUUUUAAAACGAGCCGCGAUGGAGCCCCCUCGAAAAUGUCACCGGAACACAAACAGCACUUGUAAAAUAUAUGCAAGAUUGAAAUUAUUGGUUGAGGCUACGAUAAAUUCCUAUGUGACGACGAUCCAUAAUCGACUGGCGCACAUCUCGCCGCGACAUUACGCGGAUUUUAUCGAGUAUUUGGGGAAAGCCAAAGAGUGUUUUUUAUUCGCACCGGAGGGGUUGGGACAGUUUAGGAACGUUGUCCAGGGGAUUAAAAGGGAGUACAAGGGGAAGAAGAAAUUGGUGGUGUUGGUGGGGGAGAGGUUUGGCUAAUUAAUUUUUUGGGGUUUUUUUUAGGGGAGAGAAGAGACUGAUUUUUUUAUACAUUGUAAAAGGUUUUUUGUAUAAAUUGUAAUAAAAUUUUGUGCAGAAAAAUGAGUUUCAAGACGGGCUUUGGUACUAGUUUUUUUUUGACACAGACUUUUAUUCACCCGUCGAUCUACGGGCUUUUCACUAGUUUUAAAAAACAAAAUCACUUUAUUACAGAGAAAAACGAAUUAAUGACCCCCUGAAAACUCCCCGGCGUGGGAAAAUUCAUUAAUUGGCGGGCAAAUCCUGACGGUCAUCUCGGCCAAAGGUUCCAAUUCCUUUGCGGAAAUUAAAUUAAACUCGGAAACGAAA